GUGGCGUCCUUCAGGAUGCCCCGGGUCACCCGUGGGUGGCCCCGGGACCGGCCUGUCACCCGGAGCCGCGGGCUCACGGCGCCCCUGGGGCCGCAGGGGACAGCGGGGGUCGUGGGUCCCAUGGGUGGGACGUGCAUCCGUGGGUGCCCACCCAGCGUCUCCUCCUGGCAGGCAGAAGAGGUCCAGCAGCAGAUCAUCCGUGACACCUUCCACCUGGUGCUGAAGCGGGAUGACCACAUCUGCAAUUUCCUGGAGUGCGGCAGCCUGUUCGGCGGCUCGGACUACAAGCUGAUCUACCGUCACUACGCCACGCUGUACUUUGUGUUCUGUGUGGACUCCUCGGAGAGCGAGCUGGGCAUCCUGGACCUCAUCCAGGUGUUUGUGGAGACGCUGGACAAGUGCUUUGAGAAUGUCUGUGAGCUGGACCUCAUCUUCCACAUGGACAAGGUCCACCACAUCCUGCAGGAGAUGGUGAUCGGUGGCAUGGUGCUGGAGACCAACAUGAACGAGAUUGUGGCGCAGGUGGAGGCCCAGGGCAAGCUGGAGAAGGCAGAGGGAGGCCUCUCAGCUGCUCCUUCCCGCGCUGUGUCGGCCGUCAAGAACAUCAACCUGCCCGAGAUCCCCCGCAACAUCAACAUCGGGGACAUCAACAUCAAAGUGCCCAACCUGUCACAGUUCAUGUGAGCAGCCUGUGCUGGGGGGCUGAGCAGAGCUGGGGUCCCCGGCCCCUGCCAGGGCUCUGCCCGUGUGCCACACAGGGGCCGAUGGUGGCUGAGGGCAGGGAGCAGUGACAGGGCUCAGAGAACAGGGUGGGGAUGUCCCCCCUGCUGGGCCUGGGCUCAGUUCUGCUCCCUGCUCCCCCAGCAAGGAGGGUGCCCUUCCUUCCCCUCCCUCCCUGCAGACAUGCAGCCUCUCCUCGCUGUGGGCAAGAGUUGGCUCCCGCCUCUCCCAGGGUUCUUGGGAUUCCAAAGGGUGCCUGUAGUGACGGCUCUGUCUGGAGCUGCAGGUUGUGUCCUCUGUCCUCCCAGCCAUGCCUGUCCCCUGGCCUGGUCCUGCUGGCUGUGCUGGGCCCCAGCUGGGUGGGGGUCACUCAUGGGAGCUGCUGUGUGCCCUGGGGACAGUGUGAGUGGGACAUGCUGGACCUGGGGGACGGGGAGGUGGUCAGGCCGGGCUGGGGCUGCUGGAGUGUGUCCCUGUGUCCCAAUAAACUGCCCUGGAACCCGUG